UAAAAAUAAAAAUAUCUUCGUAAAAUUAUCUGCAAGUGAAUAGUGAAGACUGAAGAGCGGGAGUGGAGCCAACCCAGAAAUCUUCUACCUCGUCUCUCGCUCGGGAAGGGAUGCUGUGCUUCAACUCUCCUCACUGUUCAUCUUCUCUCCUUAACUUAAAAUUUUCUGAUUCUACUGCUAAGGAAUCAUUAUUUCCUUCUUCCCGGCAUCUGCUCCACUUUCCAAACAGUGUUUCCCAGAAAAGGAGUUGGUGUCAGCAUAGAUUCUAUAUUCUGAAGUGCACACUUGCUAGAGUCAAAAAGCCUCCUUCCCCCACGCCUGAUUCAUUAAUAAGAGAACCACAUAAAUACUUUGAUCAAGUCUUUAUCACAGUUCGCUCUGGAGAUGGUGGUCAUGGUGCAAUUCUUAGUAUGCCAAACCAGGGUUCUCCUUCUAAGUCAAGUGGAAAAGUCAACAAGGAGAAGAUAAAGAAGAAACCUGCCUAUAAAAGGGACUUUGAUGGCUCACUUAUCCUUCCAAUAGGGGGUCAUGGUGGCGAUGUAGUGAUUUAUGCUGAUGAGAGCAAAGAUACGUUAUUGGAGUUUCACAAAAAGAGUAGGUAUAAUGCGAAGCGUGGGGGGAAUGUUGAUUCCAUGGGAAUGCUGACAUCUCAAGUGCAUGAUGGACUGGCUGCACCAACGCUGCGUAUUCCAGUCCCUGUAGGGACAGUUGUAAAGCAUAAAAGAGGAAAGCUUUUGGCUGAUCUAGCUUGUCCAGGCCAAGAAAUUCUUGUUGCAAGGGGUGGACAAGGAGGGAUUAGCCUGUUAGAAAUUCCAGAGUACAAAAGAAAAAAAAUGACAAAUUUAACCACAAAUGUGAUGAGAGAUGAAAAUGACAAGGUUUUAGUACUUGGUCAGCCUGGAGAGGAGGUGAGCUUGCAGUUAAUACUAAGAGUUGUUGCUGAUGUUGGUCUUAUUGGACUUCCAAAUGCUGGGAAAUCAACUCUGUUAGCAGCCAUUACACUUGCAAAACCAGAAAUCGCUAAUUAUCCAUUCACAACUUUGAUGCCAAAUCUUGGGCGCCUUGAUGGUGACCCGAGCCUAGGGGCAGCAGAGUUUUCCUCUGAAGCAACUCUAGCAGAUUUGCCUGGUCUUAUUGAAGGUGCUCAUUUAGGAAAGGGCCUCGGACGCAACUUUCUGAGACACUUGAGGAGGACUCGCAUGUUAGUCCAUGUCGUUGACGCGGCUGCUGAGGACCCUGUAAAUGAUUACAGAACAGUAAAAGAAGAGUUGCGUAUGUACAAUCCUGAUUACCUUGAACGACCAUACAUUGUUGUUCUGAAUAAGAUUGAUAAACCUGAGGCAAUGCAUAGACUUCCUCAUAUAACCGAAGAGAUUUACCGCAUUGGGUAUGAUAGAUUAGCUUCACUGGCUGAACCAAGCUCAGCAGGCAAUCAAAACCUCUCUACUGAUGAGGAUCAAGAGGAUGAGCAUUCUUCCCAAAUCUCUGAUAAGGAACGUGUUAAAAAAAUUGAAGAGUAUCCACGCCCGCUUGCUGUUGUUGGCACCAGUGUUUUGAAAGGGAUUAGAGUUGAGGAACUGUUAAACGAGAUAAGAGCCGCCUUGCGAAAAUGCCGAGAUAGUAAGGAAGGUCUGGAGCUUCCAACGGCAGGGACAACAUCAAAAACCAUGAUUUCAGAAAAGCGUAAGACUCCGUUGGAACCAGUGAUUUAGGUAUGCCCUCUCAUAUGUUUCAAAUUAGCCGUCUUUUACGCAUUCUCAUAGGCAGCAGAAGCAGUAUCUGCAGCUGCAAACAAGAUUUUGAGACUAAAAAGUAGAAUAUGUUACUCAGUAUCAAAUUUUGUAUAUGACUACUUGUAAUGUAUAAUUACUCUCCAUAUUCUUUUUUUUUUUUUUGG